AUGGGCCGUUUCCGCGGUCGCUCAAGCACUGUAUUGAAGCCAAAAACCACCCAGGAAGUUAGUGAGAUCUUGAAGUGGUGCAACGAGAGGCGCAUCGGAGUUGUGCCCCAGGGCGGAAAUACGGGGCUGGUUGGAGGAAGCGUGCCGGUGAAUGAUGAGGUUGUCCUAUCCCUCUCAAAUCUCAAUAAAGUCCGCUCGUUUGAUCCUGUAUCUGGUAUACUUGUUGCCGAUGCCGGUUGCAUCCUGCAAUCACUGACAGAUUAUGUUGCACCGCAUAACCACAUCAUGCCAAUAGAUCUGGGAGCCAAAGGCAGUUGUCAUAUCGGGGGCAAUGUAGCGACAAACGCAGGUGGACUCCGUCUGCUACGUUAUGGCUCGCUUCAUGGAUCUGUGCUUGGACUAGAAGUCGUCCUAGCAGACGGUAGAAUCUUAGACCAGCUGACAACCCUCCGUAAGGACAAUACUGGCUAUGACCUCAAACAACUAUUCAUUGGAGCGGAGGGCACGCUUGGCGUAAUCACUGCAGUCUCAAUUUUGACACCCCCUGCUCCUCAAGCCUCCAGUAACGUCAUUCUUGCUCUUCCGUCCUUUGACAAUGUCCUCCCAUUAUAUCAAACUGUGAAGCGGCAAUUGUCUGAAAUACUCUCUGCUUUCGAAUUCAUCGACCGUACAGCUUACAACCUCGCAGUCAACCAUGGCCAAGGCCGGGCUCUAAGCGAUGAAGACGUUGAAGGUGCAGAAUGCUUUGUCCUGGUCGAGACCAGUGGUGGCAGAAGGGAGCACGACGAAGAGAAAUUGGCCGAUCUCCUUGAGUCUCUUCUUUCGGCCGACAAGCCACUGGUCAACACUGGUGUUCUCUCUCAGUCACCUUCGCAAUUUUCAUCUAUAUGGGCUCUUCGAGAGGGCGUUACUGAGGCUGUUUCAAAGGAGGGCAAAGCAUACAAAUAUGAUAUUUCCAUCCCGCUAUCGUCAUUUAAACGCGUUGUUGAUGACACUCGUGAGCACCUACGCUCCAAAGGCCUACUGCACGACAAAGCAGUGAAAUACGUUCUUGGAUACGGCCACGUUGGGGACGGUAAUUUGCAUCUCAACAUUGUUGCGGACGCGUACCUCCCUGAAAUUGAAUCAGCAUUGGAGCCUUAUGUCUAUGAAGUUGUUGCUGCUCAAAGAGGGUCAAUCUCUGCGGAGCAUGGAAUUGGAGCAAUGAAGACCCAUGCCCUUCCUUAUUCCAAGAGUGCUGUUAGUAUUGACUUAAUGAAGAAAAUCAAGAAUACAUUCGACCCAAACGGAAUCAUGAAUCCUGGGAAAGUUUUGGAGUAG